AUGCACGUGAGGACAGGCUUCUUAUUGAUCGCCGGGGCAGUUGCUACGGCGGCUUCACGGGGCUGGUGCGGUGAGGUUCCAGCCCAGCGAUCGUACAUGUAUGUUGGAGGACAAUACAUUCAGAACAGUGCUGGCCAGCAUGUCUUCGCGGAUCAGAUGUACGUCGAAAAACUGACCCCAGCCGCGGGUGUUACCAAGUCACAUCCAAUCGUCUUCAUCCAUGGACAAGCUCAAACAGGCACGAAUUGGCUCAACAAGCCCGACGGAGGGGAAGGCUGGGCCUCUUUUUUCCUCUCUCAAGGAUAUGCAUGCUACAUUAUUGACCAGACCUUCCGCGGCCGCAGUGCCUGGUUCCCUGGCAAUGGGACGCUGAGCACGUAUAGCGCCGAGCUGUUGCAACAGCGCUUCACUGCACCGCAGCUAUACAACCUCUGGCCGCAGGCGUCCCUGCACACGCAAUGGAAUGGGACCGGCGUCAUGGGCGACCCAAUCUUUGACACCUACUAUUCCUCGACGGUUGAGUUCCUCGGUUCGGCAACCUACCAGCAGUCGACCGUCCAGGCUGCUGGCGCCGCCCUGCUCGACACCAUCGGAUCCCCGGUCAUCCUCCUCUCCCAUUCCCAAGGUGGAUUGAUGCCCUGGCUCAUUGCGGAUGUGCGCCCGGAUCUCGUCCACUCCAUCGUCUCAGUCGAACCGACUGGCCCUCCUUUCCAAGAGGCCGUGUUCAGCAACGCCUCUGCCCGUGCCUAUGGGCUUACCGACAUCCCCCUGACCUACUCGCCCGCCGUGACCGAUCCUCUCAUCGACCUCGUGAAGCAGACAAUUCCUUCCAACUCAUCCCUGCACUCCGACUGCAUCAUUCAAGCCGAUUAUCCCGCACCGAGACAGCUCGUCAACCUCGCCCAUGUGCCCGUCCUCGUCCUGACAACCGAGUCGUCCUACCACGCGCCGUAUGACUGGUGCACCGUCCAGUUCUUGCAACAGGCAGGUGUGCCGGCCCAGCACCUCCAGUUGGCGGAUAUUGGCAUCCAUGGAAAUGGACAUAUGGUGUUCAUGGAGAAGAACAGUUUGCAAGUUGCGGCUGUUUUGCAGAAGUGGAUGGAGCAGAACUAA